UUUCAAGAUGGCCGCGCCCACAGCGCUGUAGCAGCUGAUAGAAGAUUGUGUCCAUGCGAGCGGGGUUUAAAUGACAGUUGAGGAGCAGCAGGUUACAACUGACAUCCCCGCAGAGAGACAGAGGAGUUUCUGAAAGGUUGUCCCAUCCUCAGCACCGCCAACAUGAGCAAGAACGAUUUAAUCCUCCCCAAAGACUUUCCUCAGCUAAAGAACGACACAUUCCUGAGAGCGGCACGAGGAGAGGAAACCGAACAUGUCCCAGUCUGGUGUAUGAGACAGGCUGGCAGAUAUCUACCAGAGUUCCGUGAGUCCAGAGCAGGGAAGGACUUUUUUGAGACAUGUCAGUCACCAGAGGCUUGCUGUGAGCUCACUCUGCAGCCUCUGAGACGUUUUCCCUUUGAUGCUGCCAUAAUCUUCUCUGAUAUCCUAGUUGUCCCACAGGCCAUGGGUAUGGAUGUCCAGAUGGUUGCAGGUAAAGGUCCAACAUUUCCAGAACCUCUGAAGGAGCCAGAGGACCUGCAGCGGGUGCAGGUCAAAGUGGACACUGACAAAGAGCUGGGCUAUGUCUUCAGAGCCAUCACACUGACCCGACACAAAAUCGAGGGCAAAGUGCCACUAAUAGGAUUCAGCGGGGCUCCGUGGACGCUCAUGUCCUACAUGAUAGAAGGUGGAGGCUCCAACACUCACUCUAAGGCAAAGCGCUGGCUGUAUCAGCACCCCGAAGCCAGCCACAUGCUGCUGAAGAUGCUGACAGAUGUGAUCGUGGAGUAUCUGCUAGGACAAGUGGCAGCUGGAGCUCAGGCACUGCAGGUGUUUGAGUCCCACGCCGGCAUUCUGGGACCUGCAGAGUUUAAAGAGUUCUCGCUGCCUUACCUCCGAGACAUCGCUCGCCGCGUCAAAGAUAAACUGAAGGAGGCAGGACAGGAUGUCCCCAUGAUUGUAUUUGCAAAGGAUGCUCACUACGCCCUAGAGGAACUGUCUCAGUCUAAUUAUGAAGUGGUUGGCCUGGACUGGACCAUUGACCCACUAUCUGCACGGGAACGCACAGGAGGGAAGGUCAGCCUGCAAGGAAACAUGGACCCCUGUGCUCUGUAUGCUCCAAAGGAGCGCAUUUCAGACAUCGUGAAGAAGAUGUUGGAGGGUUUCGGCACAAGGGGCUACAUCGCCAACCUCGGCCACGGCGUUUACCCCGACAUGGAGCCGGAGAACAUAGGCGCCUUCGUCGAAGCUGUGCACCAGCACUCCAAACAGAUGAUCAAACAGAUAUGAAGAUAAAUGUCUUGUAUGAAGAACCAAACCUGGCCUUAUGAUGGUGAUGCAAGGAAAAUGUAUAAUGAGGCAUUAUUUUAUUAAAAGCUCUAAACUGUAGUAGAUGUGUCCGUUUGAAUAUAAACAGAAAAAUCCUAAAACAAAUUACUUGUUUUUCAGCACAUGAAACACAGAGAAUGCUUUUCCUGUUAUUUUCAGAAUGAGGCUGAUUUUCAACAAAGGAGGAGAAAAAAUAACGUGUGGAUAUUAAUUUAAGAUGGAAAACAUCCAUCCAACAUCCAUCAUCUGCCACAGCUCUCCACAACAAACAUGUUCAUUUUUUUUAUUAUUAUUUUGAAGACCAGAUUUUCUCUUCAGCCGUAAUAUGUUUUUCUGAGCAGGACUGGAUUAUGUGUUUGGACUGAAAAGGACGCUGCAGUUUAACUGAAUGAGAUUGUGUUUGUAUUAAUAUUAGAUCUAAAAGGUCUAAAGAGCUUUGACUAGUGGUGUGUACUAUGAAGCGUUUUGAUGUUUUUAUUCUUUAAAUCCAAUCACAAUCCUGUAAAAUGUCCCUGUGGCACUUUCAAAAAAAGGAGACGCAUUUCUGCAUCUGUAAACAUCUUUAGUCCAAGCAGAGCUCUUUAUCAGUACAAGGAGUUUCAUUCUCAAAGGCAGCCAAAGUUAAAAAAAAUAAAAGAUCCAAACUGCUGUAAAAACAAAAACGGGUGAUUUGGCGGAGGGUUUCAGCAAGGGACACUCUGCUGCAGUUACAAAAUCAAUUUUUAAAGGAAAAAUGUCAGCAUGCAGCAGUUGAUCAUUCCUCCAUCUAACAUCUUAACUGUGAACAAAUCUGCUGGAUCUCAGCAGGAAGAGUUUUAUUUUUACUCCUGCUGAUAGAAGAUCUUUUAACAAAUGUGCGCUGUACACGAAGACGCUGCUUUGCUCUGAUUUUCACCCUAAAUCUGAAUUUUGUGUAGAAAAACUGGUUUAUUUGGAGAAGCAGUCUCUUUUUUCCCCCCAUCCACCAUUAAAUAAAGAUUUAAUCUGAAUUUA